CCCGCACAGGUAUCGCUGUGCUGUAGAGCAGCGGAUCAGGAGCGACUGAAGGGGAACUUUUAUCUGCUAUGGCGGAGUCUCAGCUGCUGUGCAUGGACGAUGAGCACGUCAACGAGAAGAUCCCGGAGUCCAGACCCGCGUUCUACUACAGCGAGGAGCAGCGCGCGGCGCUGGAGCGGCUCCUGAGGGACGGAGACGGCGCCUUCAAGAUGCGCCUCAAAGAGGACAACAUCAAGGACUUCCUCUCCGCCAAAGAGGUGAAACUCAUCCGGAAAACGUUUCAGGAGUAUGACACGGACAGCGACCCUGAGUCCGGAGAGCACGAGAAGUCCAAGGAGUCCCCCAGCGCGGACUCCGGGGUCCACUCCACCUACUGGCCCCAGAUGUCCGACACCGAGGCCCCGUCUCUGGACAUCGGCUGGCCGGGCAGCAGCGGCGUCUACAAGGGGGUGACCCGGGUGUCCAUGUACAGCCAUCCAGCCAAAGAGCCCGGGCCGCACAUCAAGGAGGUGGUGAGGAGACUGAUCCAGGAGGCCCACAAGGUGGUGGCCAUAGUCAUGGACCUCCUGACAGACCUGCAGAUCCUCCAGGACCUGCUGGAUGCCUCGUCACGGCGCGGGGUGGCGGUCUACGCGGUUCUGGAGGCCAGGGGCGUGCCCCACUUCCUGGAUAUGUGCACACGGCUGCAGAUUAAUGCAGUGCAUCUGCGGAAUCUCCGUGUGCGGAUGGUGAAAGGAGCGGGGCUGGCCCUGUCCUUUGGAAAGCUGCCCGGGUCUCUGUGCUCCAAAUACAUGCUGGUAGAUGGAGAGAAAGUCAUGUUUGGAUCUUACAGCUUCACCUGGAGUUCCUCUCGGAUGGACAGGAACACCAUCACUGUGAUGUCGGGACAAACCGUGGACUUCUUCGAUAACGAUUUCAGAGAGCUGUACGCCGUGUCUGAACAGGUGGACCUCUACAAGGAGUUCAACAUCACCAAGCCGCCUAUACCGAAGCCCAUCGCUAAGCCAAAGCUGGAGCCAAUCCGGUCUCUACCCGUCUCCACAUCUCGCUUUCAGGUAUCCGUCAAUGACUCCAGACAGAUUGACCUGAAGGUACCUGCGCACAAGUACCAUAAUCCUAAGUACUCUUUAGUUUUUGGAAACAGUAGAGGCCUAACGGGUUCCCUUCAAGACCUGUCGACUCACAGCGACUUUAUGGUCGGUGGGCUGAACCAGAGGAACGGCCUGCAGAAAACCACCCUUCAUGCCAUCAGCAACAGCCGGGAGAAGGUGGACCAAGUCUCCCCACAGAGCCCUGGCUCGCCUGCAGAGGAGGAGGAGGAGGAGGACGGAAAGGGGGCCUUGAAGAAGAAUCAGGCCGUCGGAGUGAAGAAACGCAGCUCCUUCAGGCACUUCCUGAAAGGUAGAGGAGCCAAUCAUAGCACAGAGACUAUAGAGGAAGGCGUGGUCACUCCUCAGAGACCCGCCCCGCCCUGCAAAGUGCCAGAGACCAAUGGCGUCGCAGGAAAUGAGCAGGAGGACUCGUUUGAGAUUUUGGAGAAACCAAGUCCACUGAAAUCCAAAAUCAAGAAGCCCUCAAAGGUCAUUCAGAGGAGUGUGUCUCUGCAGACCAUCAACACAGGAAACGACGAGGGAUCCAAAAGUCGGCGGCGACAUCAAAAGAAGAACUGCAUCCAGUCAUGAGACCGACAACAAGAGUUACAAAGAGCACAUCUCAUGAUUAAACAUGCUGCAGCCGCUGAGUCACAGUAUCACCUUACUGUAACCAGGUGACAUUACUUUACAAGACAUGAGAGCAGUCAGAGCCUCUGGCCUGGGUCAGUGCUUCAGGAUGGGGUGAAAGUCCUUUCUGUGCCUUAUGGCAGUGACCACCGAUGAGGUGUUGUAGUUUAACUAAUCAUGUGAGGAAAACGUCCUCUGGAAAAUCUCAAUGUUGUAGCCAAAGUGCUGAUGGAGGCAGAUUUCAUUGCCAUUCUGUUGUUUUUCUAUGUUUUUGUAUUAAAUUAUUCUCCAGUUAAGUGUUGUUUUUAUAUUUUACACUUGUUUGCUCGAACCUGAGCACCGCAGAGUAGCCCAGGCUGAGACUCCGGUAGCGUGGGUGGAUUACAUCACACCUGUGAGUUGACCUGGUUGCUAUAGAGACAGGAAAAGUGAUCAGUUGUGCUGUUUUCCCCGAGUGUCGCCUUACAGAAGACCCUUGGUAACAGAAUAAGCGUUCACCAGAGUGUGUUGUACAGGCUGUGAAUAAUGCACGCUGCGCUGAGUGGUGCGGUGUUGACGCUGUCCUGGCGGUUAUGAGCCCGUUUCUGCACGCUCUGACACGACUUUGCAUGUUUGCACACAAGUUGGGGUUUUGUUUUUAUUCAAGCAAAACUGGCAGAGAUUAAAAUGUGAAUCCUGAAAACCACUUGAGAUGCAAAAAAUCAAAACUUUCUCACAGAAAUGGACUAAAAGACCUGAAAACAGCAGAUAUAUCUCAUCUGACUUGGCAUUUAAAGUAAGGUAGAAAUGACAGUGGCGUGGUUAAAGUGAAAGCAGUGUGAUUGAUGGCAACAGAGUCAACAGUCUGUAUUUACAGUGAACACCAGACUAAUAUUUGAUAUGAUUAAGUAAUGGUACUUAGUAUUGUCUGUAUUAAUAUAGAGAUAGUGAGAGAAUCGAGAUAUGUAAUAUAAAUAUAAAUAAUACAGAACAGGAUGUGAGCUUAUUAAUAUAAUAUAGUCGAAUAUGGUAAAUAAUGAUAGCAUCAGAUAUGAGAUGUAGCAUAAGGUGAAAGGUAGAAUAUAGUAUAACAUAAUCUAGUGUAUUAUAGUAAAUGUAGUAUAAAUUAUAAUAGAUAAUACUAAAUACUAAAAUAUGUAAAACAUACAUAAUGAGGUAAAUAAUCAGUCCAACAGAGGAGAUGCAGGAUGAAGGAACGAAUGAGACGUUGCAUUAUUGUUCCUGAUGAUUUACAUCUUGUCUGAUGAAAAAUGACUGCAGUGUGAAUUCAGCACAGUUGUGUUCAGGUACAUCACUAUUCGCCAUAGAAACAGGCAGGUUUACUGGUCUCCCUGAAGAGAAGAGACUCUGUUAUGUGAUUUAAGUGAGACUGAAAACGAAGUCCAGUUCAUGAUUUAAUGUACGCUUUUUAGUAAAAUGUCCUUAAGUUCUGGUGGAUUUACACACAAAUAUCCUCUUGCAUUAUGUCUUUUUCAGGUCUGUAAAACAAAGUUAAAUACAAUGAAUUCUCACCUGCUCUCUGUCUGUGAUCGGUGUUGUUGUGACUUUUUAUGAGGCAGCAAGAUUUGGCUUUCUGUGACUGGAGUUUUCUAAUAGUUUGUUGAUAAGAGCUCUAGCAGGGAGUGUACAUUUAUUUCUCUAUGUAUGACAUUCAGACAAACAAAACAAACAUACAUGGUUCAUGCAUGUCUCGUGCAACAUAUAAAACAAAAUAUUUCCUCGUUUGGGGUAAUAAUGAUGAUUUAUUGUCAUUUCUGUGUUAACUCACCUUCAUCAAAUGCGUAAGUUACUCUGCAUAAUGGAUUUUAAUGAGGUCAGAAGA